UCAUAGACUCAAUGAAUGAGCACAUGUAUGUUAGGCACUCUGCCAUUCAUGUUGUUGGACUAUUGCUGUCGUUGUUGUGGUUUCACGCUCAUAAAACGCCAUGGCACCGUGUCGCUCAAGACAACACCUAGUGACACCUGGGUGGUUCUGCAAAAUCUGUUGAUGUGCAUGGUCUGCUUCUACUCCCUCUACUACACGGUGGUCAGCCUCUGCAUCGGCCUGCUCAGGGUUCACGAAAUCAACAGCUUGUUAGCACCCUUUGACUACAUCACACAACCGUCAUGGCAGAACCCCAAAUACCUGGUGGGUGUCAUCUCCACAGAAGUUACGUACGUGUUGGGAGGGCUGGUGUUUGCCUGGAUCGUGGAGGAGUGGGUGUGGGACUAUGCCAUCACUGUCACACUGCUGCACGUGGCCAUGACUGUAGCUGUGAUGUCAGAUGUACCGUCAACGGAGCACUGGUGGAUUGCACUGGGCUCAGGCUUGGUGAUGAUGAUAUUCGGAGGACAGCUCCUGGCCUACAAACUCUUUAGGAGCAACUUUGUCUAUCCGGCUGAGCUACAGAACUUCUGAUGAUGACGGCGAUGACUUUCAUUUAACCGUCUAAUAGCACCCCCUCCUGUACAAAGUUUUUUAUUAACAUUAUUUUGUUUAUUAUUUUUGUAUCACAUGCUAACAUGCCAUAAAUCUUAUAUUAGGAUUUAUCAUCAAUGUGUACGUCAUGUGGUCAGAAAAUGACUAUGUGUGUUCCAUAUGAGUUUAGCGUGGAUUAAAUAUCAACUGCAAUAACAUGAGCCUAUUCAUUGAGCAUAUUCAUAACACCUAAUACAAAGGUUAUAAAACUUUUACUGCGAGUACCAGCUCAAAAACAUUUGUCUUGCAAGUAUCAUCAUUUUUGCUACCUCAUCAUGUUUUAGCUAUGAAAAUGCAGCUUGUACUUGCUAAAUAAUUGGUUUAUGGCAUAUAAGGUGAGUUAAAAUGUGUAUGUUGUACAAUAAUUGUAUAAUUAUAAAUGUAUGCCGUUUUACA